UUGACACUUUCAGCCACCUACAAGAGAUUUAGUGGCCCAGCACUAUGGCUCUGCUGGAUCCAGAUUAUGCAGUGAAAGGCAGCAGCAGCAUCAUCAGGGAAUGGAGUGGGCAGGUUCAGCCAGCUCUCAUUGCCUCCUUUGUGUUCCUCUUCUGCCUGGAAGCUUGCCUGUGGGUGCGCAACCUGAGACUCAAGAGGAGGCUGCCAGGACCCUUCGCCUGGCCAGUGGUGGGCAACGCCAUGCAGCUGGGCCAGAUGCCCCACAUCACCUUCUCCAAGCUGGCAAAGAAGUACGGCAAUGUCUACCAGAUCCGUUUAGGCUGCAGCAACAUUGUGGUGCUGAACGGUGACUCCGCCAUCAGGAAGGCUCUCCUCCAGCACAGCACUGAGUUUGCUGGCAGACCGAACUUCGCCUCUUUCCAGUUUGUGUCAGGAGGCAACAGCUUGACGUUCACUAACUACAGCAAACAGUGGAAGAUGCACCGGAGGAUCGCCCAGUCCACCAUCCGGGCGUUCUCCUCUGCAAACAGCGAAACAAAGAAAGCUUUUGAGCAGCACAUCGUGGCGGAGGCCACGGACCUGGCAAGGUCCUUCUCGAAGCUCAGUGAUGAUGGGCAGUACUUCAACCCCGCUCACCCACUCACUGUGGCCGCUGCCAACGUCAUCUGUGCCCUCUGCUUCGGGAAGCGCUACGGGCACGACGACCAAGAGUUCAGGACCCUGCUCAGCCGGUUGGACAAAUUCGGGGAGACGGUGGGCGCUGGAAGCCUGGUGGAUGUCAUGCCCUGGCUCCAGUCGUUCCCCAACCCGGUGCGCAGCGUCUACCAGAACUUCAAAAGCCUCAAUGAAGAGUUCUUUGCCUACGUGAAGAGCAAGGUGGUCCAACACAGGAACACCUUCGACCCUGAAGUGACAAGGGACAUGAGUGAUGCCAUCAUCAACGUCAUAGAGCAUGGGAAAGAAAGCACACUGACCAAAGACUAUGUUGAAGGCACAGUGACAGAUCUGGUAGGUGCUGGGCAGGACACCGUCUCGACCUGCCUGCACUGGAGUCUACUGCUCCUCGCCAAAUACCCCAACAUCCAGGCCGAGCUCCAAGAGAGCAUCGACAGAGUAGUCAGCCGCGACAGGCUGCCCUCCAUCGAGGACAAGAGCAGCCUAGCGUGCCUGGAAGCCUUCAUCUAUGAGACCAUGCGUUACACCAGCUUCGUGCCCGUCACCAUCCCCCACUCCACCACCUCGGACGUCACAUUCGAGGGUCUCCACAUCCCCAAGGACACCAUCGUGUUCAUCAACCAGUGGUCCGUCAACCACGACCUCCAAAAGUGGAAGGACCCCCACGUUUUCAACCCAUCGCGGUUCUUGAAUGAAGACGGCAGCCUCAACAAAGACCUGACCGGGAGCGUCAUGAUCUUCUCCAUGGGCAAGAGGAGGUGCAUCGGGGAUCAGAUCGCUAAAGUGGAAGUCUUCUUGUUUACAGCGAUACUCCUGCACCAGUUUUGUUUCGAGAGUGACCCCACACAGGACCUGAGUUUAAACUGCUCAUACGGGUUAACGCUAAAGCCACUUGACUACAGGAUCUGUGCCAAACUCAGAGGGAAACCCAUUAAUGUGGCAUAAAAUCCACUUUCUACUUUAACAACGCUUACAACGCCCACUAUCAGACUACAUUAACCAGCAAACAGCAAGUCCACUGUAUGGUAUGUUCAGCAGAAAUGCCUCUGGUACAGCAAAAUGUAAGCAUAUAAUAUUUUACCGGAUUAUAAAUAUAAUGAAGGUCAUUUAUCACUUUGUGAUGAAAGAUUGAAUUAUGUUUACCAUGUAUUGUGUUUUGUGUUUACAGCACAUGUAGUGUGCUCUUUUGAGAGGUAUUAGUUUAAUUCCUUUCGAACUCAUAAUCUAUAUAUUACCAAAAGAUAUACACAUCUAUUACGUCUACGAAUGUUUACAUGGCAUCUUGAUUCUGAGUUAGUGGUUGAAGUUUGUUUUAGGUCGUUUGUCUUCAUCAGAGCCUUUAGUCACUGCAGCAGGCAAGCAACUUGAUAAAUGACCGAGAGAAGCAUUCUGAGGGUAUCGAGACGUGAGUCAAUGCUACUUGGAAAGUAAUGCAAUAUCAAGUAAAUGCUGUCAUGUGGUCGCUUAAAACCACAGCGCAAUGUAACAAACUAUCUGUUGUUAAGUAGAUUGGGGUAUGUGAUUUAGACACACGAAAUUGGCAUAUAUAAACUAGUCCAAAGGAAUGCGUCCAUGAAAAUCGUGGUGCUGUUGCUAUUGUGAUAUAUAAAAAAGUGGUCUGCAAUGUUUCUCUUUUAUGCUUUUCUUCACAUAGAGACUUUAUCUUCAUUAAUAAAUAAAUAAAUAAAUAAAUAGCACAACUACUACUCUUUUAAAA